AUGUUCAGCCGAACCUCCCGCCCCGCCGCCCGCUGCGCCCGCGGCCAACUCUACGGCCCUAGCAAAGCCCGCCUGCAGUCCACCACAUCCCAAUCCUCUACUUCUUCAUCGCCAGGCACAAACCCGGCCCUUGUCGGCGGUCUCGCCGGUGGAGCAGUCGCCUUUGGCCUGGGCUACGCCUGGUACCACUUUUCCGGCGCCAAGACCGCCGUGCGCACGGUCAAGGAGACGCAAAAAUACGCCAACAGCGUCAAGCAAGGGAUCGUCAAGAACGCGCCCGAACCCGACAAGGCGCUGGAGUGGUUCCGUGAGACCACCAAGAGGUAUGCGGCGUUUAUCCCGGGCGCCCGGGGGACAAUCGACACUGCAUUCGACGAUCUCGAGAAGAUCCGCGAGAAGCACGGCGAGGAAUUCGAUGCCAUUAUGCGCGAUGCGUAUGGCGAGAUGAGGGACCUGACGAAGAAGGGCGGCGCGAAUAUGGAUACGGCAUUUCAGGCGCUGCAGAUUCUGCAGAAGCAUCUGAAUCGCCUGUUGGAUCUCUCCGCAGAUGCCGCGGACGAUAUUUUGAACAACCACCCGAAGCUCAAGGAGAAGAUUGGGGGGAGCUGGGAUCAGUUGAAGGAGAUGGGCGAAGCGUAUGGGCCUCAGGCCAAGGAGGAGGUUAACAAGACGUGGGAGCAGGUUGUGGGGAUUGUGAAGAAGGGGCCGAGCCUUGAUGCCGUGGAGGAGGUUAAGAAGCUUCUCCAGGAGAAGCGCGAGAAGCUGCAGAAGCUGGGCGACGAGGCAUGGAAGAAGGGAAUGGAGGAGUCGAAGGAGUAUCUCGACAAGAACCCCAAGGUCAAGGAGCUGGUUGAGAAUAAUGCCGAUGCACUGAAGAAGGCUAACUUCACCGAGCUUUGGGGCUUGGUAAAAGAGAGCGCUUCGUCUGGAAAGACCGAGGAACUCGAGAAGUAUGUCAAGGACAAGGUUGGAAAGGCCAAGGAUACCGCGCAGAGCUCGGGGAUUGAUCUGGACAAGUGGUCGAGCCUGGUCCCCGGCGGUUCAGAGAUUCUGAGCCAGUUGCAGACUCUGCAGUCUUUGGGCGAGAAGAAGGGCAAGGAGGCCGAGGGUGUGCUCAAGGAGGCGGCCAGCGAGCUGCAAGAAGUCUUGAAGAAGCGAAAGGACCAGCUGGAGAAGAUUGCUGACGAGGCCAAGCAAGAGAGCAAGUAA